AUGAAUGAAGUUGGAUUUUAUGUGAGUACUGCCUAUGGGUUGUUUUUAAAUUAUUGUUGUGGGCGCCCAUGGUACUCUCGUAUUUCUCCUUCUUUGAUUGUGGGUGCUUUACCACUCAAAAAGUCCUGGGAUAAAUGGCAGGCAGAUGAAAAUAUCACACAUAUAGUGAGCUUGUUGGAACCAUUCGAAGUAAAAUCAUUUGUCAUAGGAGAAAAGGAUGCCGUGAAUCAAGGCAUUAAAUAUCUCUCUCUACCAGUCCGUGACUUUGUGGGAGUUCCUACAUUUGAACAGAUUGAUGCUGGAAUUUCAUUUAUCAACUCUUGUGUACAAUCAAAUGGAUGCGUGUAUAUUCAUUGUAAAGCCGGUCGUACACGUUCAGCAUUCUUAUUAACUUGUUAUUUCAUGUAUACAGAAUCUUUAAGCGUUGAAGCAGCGAUUGGUCGUGUCAAAUCCUUUAGAAAACACAUAGUUUUCAGGUCAAUGCAUAAAAUAGGCUUAGAAAAUUACUUCAAAUUUUUAAAUGAUAGUAAACAAAGUGAAAAUGUAACAAGUUGA